GGAGAGUGCCGGGGAGGAACUACUGCUACUGUGUCAAUCCCGUCUCUACUGUGGAAUACUGGAUGUUUUCAGUCAAUGGUUUUUCACGCUGUUCGCAUAGUAUUUUGCUUAAUACCAAGGACGUCCCGGUACCCGAUUUUUUUCGACAACGCAGAUUACAUCCACCUGCCUGAAACACCAAGAGCCAUGCAGUAGCCUAACCUCUCAUCUUCUGCCGUUUGGCCCAUCCAAUGUCUGAGGACAGUGACCCAAAGCACUACCUCUACUCGACUCUAGACCGGCACGAACGAAAUCAGGAAAGGGUUGGCUUCCAGGUGGAGGAAGAGGAGAGCUCUCCUUGUGGCUCCAUUAGCCAACUUCACCACAUGGCCAGCAGUUAUAAUGAGGGUUGUGGCGGGCAGGAUGGUGUUGAAUUGGAACCGGAGUUAGGAUUGGCUUCCGAAGGGAGCGACAGCAGCCACGAGCACCCAGCUUCUCCUGGGUCCCCACAUGAUGACCGGAAGCGGACACGCCCACCUUUGCAUGAGGAUGUAGAGAUGGGUGGCAGUGGCUCAAGUGGGAGUGGGACAGAAUCCCAUGGUAACGAGUCGCAUGGCAAUGAGUCUCAUGGCAAUGAAUCUGUGGGCAGCUCAAAUGGCAAUGGCAAAGAUUCGGCUAUGUUGGAGUCAUCAGGGAGCAACAAGAGCUCCAACUCUCACAGCCCAUCACCACCGAGCAGCUCCAACGCCUUCAGUCUAGUGAGCUCCGAGCAGGACAACCCUUCAACUAGUGGCUGCAGUAGUGAACAGUCAGCUAAGGCAAAGACACAGAAGGAGCUCUUCAAGACCCUCAAGGAGCUGAAGAUGUAUCUGCCAUCGGAAAAGAGGAGUAAGGGAAAGUCCAGCACGGUUAGCACACUGAAGUAUGCCCUGCGAUGUGUCAAACAGGUGAAAGCUAAUGAGGAAUAUUAUCAAAUGCUGAUGAUAAAUGACAGUCAACCUCCUGGUUUUGAUGUUUCAUCCUACACCAUCGAAGAAAUCAAUAGCAUCACUUCUGAGUAUACCCUCAAAAACAAUGAUAUUUUUGCUGUAGCUGUCUCUCUCAUCACUGGAAAGAUUGUGUAUAUCUCUGAUCAGGCAGCAUCCAUCCUGAACUGCAAGCGAGAGGUGUUCAACAAUGCAAAGUUUGUGGAGUUCCUGACCCCUCAGGACGUCAGUGUGUUCUAUAGCUUCACUACGCCUUACCGCCUUCCCUCAUGGAGCAUGUGCACAGGAGCAGAGUCGUCACCUACGGAGUGCAUGCAGGAGAAGUCCUUCUUUUGCCGCAUCAGUGGUGGUAAGGAGCGCGAAGGGGAUCUCCAGUACUAUCCUUUCCGAAUGACUCCAUACCUAAUGAAGGUCCAGGAUGCGGAGCUGGCUGAGGAACAGUUCUGCUGCCUCCUACUGGCUGAGAGGGUGCACUCUGGUUAUGAAGCACCCAGGAUUCCUCCUGACAAACGUAUCUUUACCACCACACACACCCCUAACUGUGUGUUUCAGGAUGUGGAUGAGAGGGCUGUUCCUCUCUUGGGGUACCUCCCUCAGGACUUGAUUGGGACCCCUGUGCUGCUCAAUCUUCAUCCAAGUGACCGACCCCUGAUGUUGGCUGUGCAUCGCAAGAUUCUGCAGUAUGCUGGUCAGCCAUUUGACCACUCCUCCAUCCGUUUCUGCGCAAGAAAUGGCGAAUACAUCACCAUUGACACUAGCUGGUCCAGCUUUGUCAACCCCUGGAGCCGCAAGGUGUCUUUUGUCAUCGGCAGACACAAAGUCCGAAUGGGGCCUGUGAAUGAAGAUGUUUUUGCAGCACCGGCUUUCCACGGUGGUAAGAUCAUGGACUCGGACAUCCAGGAAAUCAGUGAACAGAUCCAUAGGCUGCUACUCCAGCCGGUCCACAACAUGGGCUCCAGCGGUUAUGGUAGCCAUGGCAGCAACGGCUCUCACGAGCAACUAGUGGGCAUCAGUUCAUCUAGUGAGAGCAAUGGGAAUACUGCAGCAGGAAAUGCAACUGAGGAGACAGGCAAGGCCAAGCCCCCGAGGACGUUCCAGGAAAUUUGUAAAGGGGUCCACAUGCUGAAGAACCAGGACUCCCAAGUUGGCCUACGCUCCCCCUCCUCCUCCCCCUCACCGUCUUCAUCUAAGCCUGAGCAAAAGAAGACCACUGACUCAACCUCCCGGAGUCCAGCAGUGCGUUUGAAGGAUUUGUCACCCCCUCUGCUGGCUAGAGACAGUACUGCAGCCAGUAUGGAUGACCUCGCCUACAAAGACCAGACUGUCUGUUCCUAUCAGCAGAUCAGCUGCCUUGACAGCGUCAUCAGGUAUCUGGAGAGUUGUAAUAUUCCCAUCACUGUGAAGCGGAAGUACCAAUUCUCCUCCAACACCACGUCAUCCAACUCCGAUGAUGGCAAGAAGGUUUCAGAGGAGGGUAUGCAGGAGUCUCAGGAUACAAACACAGAUCCUUUGAUGCUUGACACCCAGCCGGGUUUAUCAAACAUGAAAGCACCUAAAAAGCCUCCAUCGGGGGCUGCAGUGGUAGGAGGCCCCCUGGCGCCUCUCACCUUGCCUAGCAAAGCAGAGAGUGUAGUGUCUAUCACCUCACAGUGCAGCUACAGCAGCACCAUCGUCCAUGUGGGAGACAAGAAACCUCAGCCAGAGUCUGAGAUUAUCGAGGAUGUGGCAGAAAGUCCGGCACCCCCCAUUCUGCCUGUUAGUGUGGUGUCUCCGCCCAGCCAGGAGAAGGAGGCCUACAAGAGGCUUGGACUGACCAAGCAGGUGUUGGCAGCACACACCCAGAAAGAAGAGCAGGCCUUCCUCAACCGCUGCCGAGAGCUCCGCAAUGCUAGGUCUUUCCAGAAGGACUGUUCCACAUAUCUACACAAGCACAGAGGUCCAGCUCAUGUUGAAGAAUCGUCUGGGUUACGUGGAGCUGUCAAACAAGGCACCACCAGGCCAGAGACGGCUGCCAAGAAGGGUAACCGCAACAGGAAGUCCAAAAAGCCACGCAUGAAGCAUCCUGAUUCAUCAGACAGUGCUGUGUCAAACCGAAAACCUCGCCCCCCACUCCAGGGCCUCAACCAAACUUCGUGGUCCCCAUCAGAAGCAUCGCAGUCUGCUUUUAAUGUCUCUUACCCAACCAUGGUGCCUGCGUACCCACUCUACCCCCCAGCACCCACUGCACCAGCUCAGGCCUCCCGCCCUGACCCCUCCCUGUCCACUGGUUUUGGAGAGGGACAGAGUACCCAAGCCCCACCUACUGCCACUCCAUUCCCUGCACCCAUUGUAACACCUGUGGUGGCUUUAGUGCUGCCAAAUUACCUCUUCCCCCAAAUAGGCCAGAUAGGACAGCUGGGUGCUGCUCCUAGACCACCAUUUUUCCCUGAACAAACUCAGACGCAACCUGCAUACACUACCCAGCAGCCCUUUCAGCCACCACAGCCAGCCUACUCCAUGCAAACACAGCCACCCUACAACAGCCAACAGCCGUUCCCUGUGCAGACGGCCUUUACCCCCCAGCAGCCAUUCCAAGCUGCUCAGGCCCCGUAUACCACCCAGCAGCCUUUCCAGGCCCCUCAGACUGCCUACACUACCCAGCAGCCCUUUGCAGCCCAGCCUUCUUUCCCAGUCCAACACACACAGUUUGUGACUCAAGCUGCCUACCCAGCUCAGCCUUUCCCCUACAGUCUUGGCCCUGAGACCACCAAGGCUCCACCUGUUGAGCCCCGAGAGGGGGCGGCAUCGCGCUCCUCCACCCCAGCCUCCGGGGCACGGGAGCCCACCACGUCACCACCGCUGUUUGAGUCGCGGUGCAGCUCGCCAUUGCAGCUCAAUCUGCUAAGCAUGGAGGAGGGACAACGCUCUGUGGAACGUCAGGACAGCACAGCGGCCCUUAGUGGAGCCCAGGGUAACAAUAUGUUGGGAACAUCAGGACCAGCAGGAGAGCAGAAGAAUGGAGCUACAGCCAAACCUGAAAGUCACCAACAGGUGGAGUCUCCAGGAGAUGGGGUUCACAGUGAUGGAAACUCCUCUUCCUGUGAUCUGCUGGAUAUCCUACUACAGGAGCAGGAGGACUCCCACUCUGGGACCGGAUCAGCCACUUCUGGCUCCAUGGGCUCAGGGUCUGGCUCUAGAUCUGGCUCAGGCUCGGGGUCAGGGUGUAAUGGCUGCGGUACAUCCGCUAGUGGAGCAUCAGGCAGCAGAACAGGGAGCAGCAACACCAGCAAAUACUUUGGCAGCAUAGAUUCACUGGAACACGACCUCAAAGCCAAGGCCAAAGCCAAGAUGAGGGGUGAAGGAGUCUCUGAUGGCAGCCAGUCACAGACCAAAGCCUCCACCAAAGGGGAUGAAGAGCAUUUCAUCAAAUAUGUCCGCCAGGAGCCCCUUUGGCUGCUGAUGGCUAAUACUAAUGACAAGGUCAUGAUGACAUAUCAGAUGCCAUCUCGGGACAUUCAGAAAGUUCUGCGGGAAGACAAGGAGAGACUGAGACAUAUGCAGAAGAGCCAGCCACACUUCACAUCAGACCAGAGACGGGAGCUAGUGGAGGAACACCCGUGGAUGAGGAGGGGAGGUCUACCUGCUGCUAUUAAUGUGAAGGAGUGCAUGUACUGUGAGGAUGCAGCAGCAGCGCCCAUCGAGGAGGAUUUGCCAGACAUGGACAUGGGCGAGCUGGGCGAAGAGCUGAGCCAAGAGGGCCAAAACACCCAGAGCCAAUCACAGGAGACGCAGCCUCAGCCGGACUCUGGCUCCUGAACAAACACUGCCAGCAGGGGGACACUCAUGACCAGCUGUGGACCCUCAUGAUGCACACAGACACACAUAUUGUGGGUGUGACAGCGGAGUGCUUGUCCAUCCUCACAAACACGCAGACACACAACAUUAGUUGAAGCAGAACUCUUUGUUGCCAUUGUAAUGGUUUAGAGGAUGUGUGUGCUGCUGGUGUGUUGUUGCUGUUGUUUUUGUUGUGUGUUUGGUGGGUGCAGGACUGCUGUUGCUGUUCCUAGCAUUCCCAUACAGGGGGCAGUAGUGCUAUAUGUGGGUCUUUGUAUUACUGCAGAUCCACAUAUUGUUCUACCAGCAUACACACAUACUGGCCUCUGAAAUGAUAUGGCCCCAGCCUGUGUGGUUGGUGACCUUUGACCUUUAUUUUUUAUUUAAUUGUUUUACAUCCUGUGUCAGACAGAGCUUUACUGCCUCAUAAGUAGUUAUUCUAAAAAAGAUCAACCAGGUAUGUCAUGAGCAUUUGUUGAAUAUCUUGAAAUACAUUUGAAAAGACAAUUUACUGUUUUGACAAAUAACAUGUUGUUAAUGAUUUAAACAUUUAUCAACAAACAUCCCCACAUUAGCCACAUUAUUUUGUUCAAGCUGAACCACAGGAACCCCUUUUUUUCUCAUUUAGAGCUACAGUAUGUAGUAGUAGUUGUGCUGCUAGUUGGGUCACAUAAGCCAGGUCAAAGUGCGAGAGAUCACACCUUUUUAACAGUUUUUAUCCCACUUCUUGAGACUUGGUCUCUGUACCUCAGUAGUUGAAUAUGUAGACAAAGCUGUGGACUCAACACAAUAUUCAGAUACAUAUAUUCUGGUUGUAACAUAGUGACAAUCUGAUGCUUAGUGCAAGCUAUUCUUUUAACUUAAGUAUAUAUUUUAUUUAUUUUCAACCAGAUGCUGUAUCCACAGUAGAUCUUUUAAAAUAAAGCCAAAUACAUUCAGCUUAAAAAGCACUUAUAUGUUUAGAUUUUAAAGGCAGUGAUAUGCAAAAGGAAAAAAAACGUCACUUUAGUCUGUGAACUAAAAACUGGACCUUGUCUUUUUCAGUGUAACCUCCAACUGUUAUAGGUCUCUGUAGGCCUUAAAGCAUGGAUACUAUGGGUACAUCUUGGGUGCUAUAAAGCAGCCAGCAUCAUCACAGAGUUAGUGUCAUAGUUCGGCAGCGUAAUUAAAAAAAAAAAAAUUAUAUAUAUAGUGGUUAUAUGCAGGAACAAACAGGGUUUCAGAAAUCCAGUUUUGAGGCUGCAAAUCACAGUCCACAUAGAUUUUUAAUUCUAAACAAAUUAACAAAACUUAUCGAAUGUUUCCUCUAAUUUUUAAUAUAUGCAUUUAUUUUUUUAAGAUGAAGAAAUUUGACAUUGUUGGAAAAACCAUUAAAACCAGUUUCUAGCAAUCUUAUUUUCUGUCAGUCAGAUGUACCACAAAAUGCCAAUUCAAGAAAAAAAUUCUGUUCUGUUUUAGGAAUGAAUGUAUCAUGCAAAUUAUUUCACUCCAUUUGCAUCUUCUGCAGAAUUUAUUACUAACACUUUUUAGGCAGAUUUUAAAAAAGGGGAUUCAUUGCUGCCUAAAUUACUGCAACACUGACUUUGCAAAUGUGCUUGUUUUAGGCCACAUGAAAGAGCAUUACAAUCAUAGGUCUUUGCAGAAAUAUGUGUGGUAGUACUGAACUGCAGUACUAUUCAGUUGUUGGUCAGAACUAAGUAUGAACGUCAUCAGAACGUGGACAUGAUACGGCAUUUCAACUGUAGCUUAAAAGGGGACCAUGUUGCCUGAAUUAACUUCAUAAAAUGGGUUAAACAAAAGAACUGUUACACGCAUGCAUCUGUAACUAUGCAUCUGCUCCUCAUGAUGUUGAAGUAUUAAGGAAACUGUGAUACGUACUGGCUCCGUGUUGUCGAGGUCUGAAAACUGGGAACAACUCUGGUGCUACGGCAGAGAAACUGUUUGGGCUUGGCUUGUGAAUGUAACACAGACUGGACCAAGAGCAUCUCACUGGCUUAGUUUGUUUUCAAGGUUUUUCUUUUUGUUCUUGUUCUCCUGUCAGAUUCUCUAUUUUUUAUUUUUCUAUUUUUCUUUUGUGUGUUGUUAUUUUAUUUGUUGAUGAAGGUAAGAGCUUUUGAUUGUGACUGGGAACGGACCCUACCUCUAAUAAAUCUUAGGUCCUGUUACUGUAAGUGAGUCAACCAACACAGCAUGUGUUUGCACGUGGGAAAAUCGCAAUGGACAGAGUUGUCAGAUACUUAAGUGAUUCCGAUGGGUGAUGGGUUUGUACAGAGUCUGUCUGAACUCCUUUAGGCACCUGUCACCACCUUUUAGAAACCACAGUUUAUCUCUGUCCUUCAUUUCCUUCAACUACAGAGUAUCUUGAGGACCUCCAACACUCACCUGUGUACAAAGCAUUGAGAAUGCACAAAUAUCAUUCAUUUAUUUGGAAACUGAGAGUAGAAAUAAGCUUUUAAAUAUGCUGAGACUUAGCCAGAAUGAUGCUGCACUGGUGUUUUAAGCCUUACCUGUUUCAUAAGGCCUCGUAAAGAGGGAAUUCAGUUAUGACUUACACACUGGUGAGCUGUUGGAAGCACCCUUAACUGUAAAUGCAUACACACGGUACUGGCACAUGAUGUUGUGUAUGGUCAUGUAAAUUUGUCUCAUUGCCACUGUAUCAGUUUGUGGUAUACUACAGUAUAUUAUACUAGCACAGUUCUGUGCAUUUUUGUAGGUAACAUGAUGUGUUGUUUGAGAAAUGGAAACUACGUUGUAAUAAAAAUACUGAAAUGUAA